GUGUGUCUCUCUCACACAACAUAAAGGCGACGUUCAGGGCUAAAAACUUGCAAUUCAUGGCAUGGAGGAGUCAGCGGGCAGCCGUAGCCCUCUGAUCUGUAAGGUUCGGUGAAUGAGCAGCACAUCAUGGUCUGAACCCAGUUAUCAUGGAGCCGAAGCAAAGCCUCGUCUAGCUGCUCGAGUGUUGUGCUCUUUUUUUUUUCUUCCCUGUUCUGUUUUUCUUCUCCUCGGUGAAAUCUGACACAACAUCAGCGGGUUUUCUCUCCAGUUUGGGUGGCCGAUUCAGGCUAAUUGUCCUGCGCGUUUCACAGUCAAACAGCAUCAAGAGAAAAUAAAUACUCGGCUAAUACUGCAGCGUUUCAGAUGCCUUCAACUUUGAGCUAGAGGGACAACCCCUAAACCCCGUUUUUACACGAGGGACAGACACACAGGCAUCUCCGUCAUCUUACACUUUAUGAAAAGGACGCGUCUCGGUAAACGGUGAUCGGAGAACUGACGGGGGCCAUGGCAGCUACUUUAUCGGCUGAGGAAGAACAGGCUACAAGGCAGUUUCUGGAGGAAAUCAACAAGUGGACCAGUCAGCAUGGAGUGUCACCAUUGUCCAGGGAAUUGGCUGUCAAGUUCCUCAUGGCUCGCAAGUUUGAUGUUCUCCGAGCCAUCGAGCUAUUCCACAGCUACAGAGAAACGCGUCUUAAAGAAGGAAUCGUCAGACUUCAGCCUCAGGAAGAACCUCUGCGCUCAGAGUUGCUCAGUGGAAAGUUCACUGUGUUGAGUGUACGGGACCCUUCAGGGGCUUCCAUUGCCUUGUACACAGCCAAACUUCAUCACCCAAACAAGACAGGUAACCAUGUGGUGCUUCAGGCCCUCUUCUACCUCCUGGAUCGGGCAGUGGAAAGCUUUGAGACCCAGAGAAACGGCCUGGUGUUCAUCUACGACAUGGCAGGCUCCAACUACACAAACUUUGAGCUGGACCUCAGCAAGAAGAUCCUCAACCUGCUCAAGGGGGCGUUCCCUGCCAGGCUGAAGAAGGUGUUGAUUGUCGGGGCCCCUGUUUGGUUUCGAGUGCCCUACAAUCUGCUCAGCCUGCUUCUCAAGGAGAAACUUAGGGAGAGGGUACAGAUGGUGAAAAUGGCCGAGCUGCGCCAACACCUCCCCAGAGACUGUCUCCCCCAGCACCUCGGCGGUUUGCUGCCUCUGGAGGCAUACAGCUGGAACCAGCAGCUACUGGCGGGCCAGAACGGUCGUGUAGACCCAGUGGACGAGCUGGUGGGCAUUCCCGUAGAAGAUGCUUCUAUUCACGUUGCCGGACCCGAGUCCAUGCGCCCGCAGGAGCUGCUGACCCACCUCGGCAGGCUUCAGCGCUCCGGCAUCCAUCAAGAGUAUGAGGAGCUCCGCAAAGAACCGCCACCUGGAACCUUCCACUGUGCACAAUUAGCCUACAAUCAGGAAAGGAAUCGCUAUGGAGACGUGCUGUGCCUUGAUCAAACAAGAGUUCGUUUGAAAGCCAGAAGGAACGAGAGAUCAGACUACAUCAAUGCGAGUUUCAUGGACGGCUACAAACAAAGGAAUGCAUACAUUGGUACUCAAGGACCACUGGAAAAGACCUAUGGUGAUUUCUGGAGAAUGGUUUGGGAACAAAACGUGCUUGUUAUUGUCAUGACAACCAGGACAGAUGAGGGCAGUCGGAGGAAGUGUGGACAGUAUUGGCCUCUGGAGGAAGGGGGACAGGAGGUCUAUGGCCACAUGGCAGUGGUUAACCAAAGGGUUGACAACCACACCCACUACAACCACACCACCCUCGAACUGCACAACACUGAGACAUGUGAACAGAGACAAGUGAGUCAUUUCCAGUACCUCAGCUGGCCUGACUACGGCGUUCCCACCUCAGCAGUGACUCUCAUUGACUUCCUGGGAGCUGUGAAGAGACAACAGAGGAAAAUGGUGAAGGCUUUGGGACUUCAGUGGACAGGCCACCCACUGGGACCCCCAAUGGUGGUCCACUGCAGUGCAGGGAUUGGGAGAACAGGUACCUUCUGUGCCCUGGACAUCUGCCUGUCCCAGCUACAGGAUGUAGGCUCACUAAAUGUAUAUCAGACGGUGCGACGCAUGAGAACACAGAGGGCCUUCAGCAUUCAAACCCCGGACCAGUACUACUUCUGCUACAAUGCCAUUUUGGAGCAUGCCCAAAGGCAGGGCCUGCUCCCAGCCAAUCAGUGAGCUUCAGCCCUGACUUCCCAAACCAAUCCAUAAACCCUGAGAUUUCUGCAGUCAAUCUGUUAACCCCCAGCUGUGUUGUGUGACCAAUUAGUGAGGCCAGGAAAAUUAACUUCCUCACAGAAGCUGUCUUUUGAAACUAGGCCAUUCUUCAUUGGCAAGCCAGACCGAGACAAGACAAGUGUUGACAUUAUGAUGUUUCAAUGUGAUAACAUUCUCGCUUUCAACAAUGUGACAUUUUCUUUUAGCUUGACAUAUCUCAGAAAAUAUGUGGUGGCGUGAACAAACUGCUCUUAUGUUGUGCAGUUUUGUGGUCUGUGGUUAGGCACAUUGGGUGAAGUGAUAAUGAAGAGUUCAUUAACCUUUUGUUUAUUUAUGUGCAACUUUAAACCGAUGUUUUAGGGGACCCAGGAGUAGUUCACCCCAAAAUAAAAAUUCACUCAUUAUCCAGUCAUGUCGUAUCAGUUAAAACUCCACUAAAGUUUUGUUGUAGCCAAAUGAAUGCCCCAUAGGCAUAAUUACUGUACAUGGACAAUAUCUUGGUCAGAUGCAUGAAGUAACCAUUGUAGUUCCAUGCCAAGCGCUUUUAUGCUUUUUAUGUAUAAAUUGUAUUUAUUGGUGUUUCAAGUGAGAUUGGUGAGACAUAGGUAACUGACACAGUUUUCAUUUUGGGGUGAAAUGAUCUUUUAACUAAGUACAUUACUUUCAUUCCAAACAGGGAGCAUGAGCUCCACUGUCAUGCAACAAUAAAAGGUUUUAGUUAGGUCACUUUACACCUCCUGUGCCCAGGAUAAAUUGUGUUCACUGUAGUGCAUUUUUAGCACAUGGCAUAUGUCACGUAGAUGGUACGAGCUAGUUCUGCAUUGUCUCAGGAGAGUCAUACUGAACACAGGAGGUGAAACUGCCCAACCUAUUGCCAAAAAACUAUUUAGUCAAAAAGUGUUUUGACAAGAAGUUGUUGUAUUCCUUUGAGGUUGCAUGAUGGAUUCUCCGCUGCCUCAGUAAAUAUAUAUAUAUAUAAAGAGGGGUAAAGCACAUCCAAAAUGAUCAGGCUAUAAACUCAAAAUGGCCCUUACAUCCCUUUGGUCAUCACUCAUUAAAUUGCUGUUCAUGUGAA